ACGCAGGACACAACAUUGUCCACUAUGUAUAUGCAUGUGUACCCUUCUCCCUUGUCAGGGACUCAGUGCUUGCUAAGCUGUAAGCAAUUUGCUAAAGCAACCCCUAUAAAAACAGAUUAAGGUUUAAGCCUGCUCUUUGUCACUUGAUUUACACGCACUACUACUUCUACUCUCUCUUUGAUACUUUUGAGCUACCAAGUGGUGGUGGUGCCGGAGCAAUGGCAGGGCUGGUCGUCGUUUUCGACUUCGACAAGACGAUCAUUGACUGGGAUAGCGACAACUGGGUUGUGGAGGAGUUGGGUGUCAAAGACUUGUUCACACAGCUCCUCCCUACCAUGCCUUGGAACUCUCUUAUGGAUAGAAUGAUGAGGGAGCUUCAUUCUCGUGGAAAGACAAUUGAGGACAUUGCAGAAUGUUUAAAGAAGAUUCCACUGCAUCCCAACAUUGCCUCUGCAAUCAAAUCAGCCCAUGCUUUUGGGUGUGAUCUGAGGGUGUUAAGUGCUGCAAAUGAAUUUUUCAUAGACACAAUAUUGAAGCAUCAUGGGCUAAUGGAUUGUUUCUCAGAAAUCAACACCAACCCAAGCAUUAUUGAUGAACAGGGCAGGCUUAGAAUCUUACCCUACCAUGAUUUCCACUCAUCUUCUCAUGGCUGUACCAUUUGCCCUCCCAGCAUGUGCAAGGGUCUAAUAAUGGAAAAGAUGCAAGCUUCUGUUGCAGCAGAUGGGAAGAAACAUAAACAGUUCAUCUAUGUUGGGGAUGGAGCUCCUGAUUUUUGUGCAGGUUUGAAGCUUGAAGAAGGAGAUUUUCUGAUGCCGAGGAGGGAUUUUCCUAUCUGGGACUUAAUUUCUGCCAAUCCAUUGUUUACAAAGGCAAAAAUUUACGAAUGGAAUGAGUGUGAUGAGCUUGGGGCUGUCUUGCUCAACACAGUUAAUGCAUUCUUCACUGAAAACAAGUCGAGAUCAACUGAUCAAUUGGUUCCAGUUGACUGUGAGUCUCAAAACAGUUCGACCUGUCUCACUGCCCAUGAAGCCUUUCAAAAUGCUCUCCCAGUUCCACUUCCUCGCCAGUAGUUAAGAUUUAAGAACAACUUCAUGUUGAGGUAGCUUAAUGUUGUAUCAUAAGUCCUUAUAGUUAAUCCAAGUGGCGACGAUGCGUGGACAAAUAAGUUAGAAUUAAGUUAGGUUUAAGGUUUGAUUACCUUCUAUUGUACAGCUGAAAAUUGUUGUAUUAUGUUAUUUUGUCUUCAUGCAAAAGUUACUUUUAAUAGUGAUUCACUUAUCAGAUUGUCGGACGACAUAAAAUAUUAUAUUGUCGGAUUGUGAAUAUAGGCCAUUGAUCA